AUGUCUCUGAAGCUGGAAAUCGAGACAUGGGUUUCGGCCCUCGCACGAUACGACAACAAUGAAUUUGACGAUGCUCUCGGCGACUUCGAAAAGAUAUGCGACACCAGCAAGAUUCUCUUUAACAUGGGUGUCAUCCAUGCCACCCUCGGCGAGCACGAAAAGGCUGUUGAAUGCUAUCAGCGAGCUAUUCGUCUCGACCAGUAUCUCGCCGUCGCCUAUUUCCAACAAGGCGUCUCCAAUUUCCUCCUCGGCGAUUUUGAGGAAGCCCUCGCCAAUUUCAACGAUACACUUCUCUACCUCCGCGGCAAUACCAUGAUUGAUUAUGCGCAAUUAGGUCUGCUCUUCAAACUAUACUCAUGCGAGGUACUCUUCAACCGUGGUCUCUGCUAUAUCUAUCUCCAGCAAAAGGAGGCCGGUAUGCAGGACUUGAGUUUUGCUGUCAAGGAAAAAGUUGUCGAAGACCACGAUGUAAUUGACGAUGCGAUUCGCGAGGAAGCCGAUGGAUAUACCGUCUUCUCGAUCCCAGUCGGCGUCGUAUACCGACCAAACGAGGCCAAGGUCCGCAAUCUCAAGACCAAAGAUUACCUGGGUAAAGCCAGAUUAGUUGCUGCGUCGGAUCGUUCCAAUGCCUUUACUGGGUUUGCAGGGUCAGAAAUGAAAAUCGCCGUCAAGACCGAGGUCAAAGACGACCGACCCUCUGACAACAUUUCAUUUGCUGCUACCAACUUGGUCAAGCCCGGUAUCCAGUCUCGACGACAACAAUCAGAGCCACCAAGCACCAGCCGCAAUGUAUUCCCUCCCACCCCCCCACCAGAGAACGAUCGUGGCCCGUCCCGCGGCGUUUCUGUCCGCAACGGUGGCAGGCCCACGCUCGCGAGAUUAAACAUUCAAUCACAAGAGUCUAAUCGCAAGUACGAAAAGGCUUCUUUCUCCCCAGACGACGGUCGACCCAACGCGACACGUUCAGCGUCAAGCGCGCUGCCGUCACGGGGUUUCUCUCAAAGAGAACCACCGCCACUGCAGCGCCGACCCACCAAGACAAUUGAAGAAGAUUCCUACGCCAAUAGUGACGUGUACGACAUGUACGCCGGCCGCAAAGAAAGAGAAUCGAGAGGUGGCAGCAGACAAGAAACCCGCCGAAGGCCAUCCCAGCGGUACGAAGAGGAGGAUGAUGCGCCAUCAGACUAUGACGGCUCAUUAGACGGAGCCGAAUUUGAAAUGGUCUCAAACAAUCGGCGCGUCCCGGGUUCCGUGUCCAAUGGCUCCCGCAACACAUCAAGACGACCCGAUGUUCGAAAGUUCCGAGUCAAGGUCCAUGCCGAGGACGUCCGCUACAUCAUGAUCGGUGGCGCUGUAGAGUUCCCCGACUUCGUCGACCGCAUUCGAGACAAGUUUGGCAUGCGCCGCCGCUUCAAGAUUAAGUUCAAGGAUGAGGAUAUGCCCAACGGUGACAUGAUUACCAUGGGUGACCAGGACGAUUUGGAAAUGGCCAUGCUGAGUGCCAAGGAGGCCGCAAAGAGGCAAAGACAGGAAAUUGGAAAGAUAGAACUUGGACUGGUUUCUUAA